AUGACAUGGAGAAUGGGACCCCGUUUCACUAUGCUUAUGUGGCUCGUGUGUGGAUCAGAACCCCCACCCCACGCCACGAUCAGAACUAGCCAUGGAGGGAAAGUGCCUUUGGUUUCUCUGGACAGCAGUGAGCCAGCUGGAGUUUCAGGCACCUGGGAGGUCUCGUGGAAUUGAGAUCCACUCUGGAACCAGCCUACAAGCCAAGCCUUCCAGCCUCUCCAGAGAAGGAGGAGUGUGCCCGUGUUGAGACCCAAAGCUCACGCAGCGGAGCCGCCAGCCCGCUCAGAUGUCAAUGGGGCCCCCAUGAGACCUGCAAGACCAGCCGGCCAGAGCUCUCUGCGUGAGACCAGGCUCAGAGAUGAAGGUCUCUCAGCUCGGUCAAGAAUGUUGGGUUUCCCUUGGGAUCCAGCUCUCCCAGCAUCCUUACCAGCUUUUGCAGGGAAGAACAGGUGUGGAGUCAUCUCAGCCCUACAUGCCUGUGAAGGCUACUGCAACCUCAUGAUGAGCCUGCUGAAGGACGAUGUGUACUGUGAGCUGGCGGAGAGGCAUAUCCAACAGAUUGUGCUCUUCCACCAGGCAGGCGGGGAAGGAGGCAAGGUGAGAAGGAUCACCAGUGAGGAGCCAGAUCUGGAGCAGUCCUGGACUAGCCUCAUCCCUAAGCUGAUGACUUCUGAAGCUGAGAAGGGCAAGUUUGGCAUGGUGCUGCUGAAGAGUGCAGGUGGCAGGCUACCCAUACCCGUUAGGCUGGAAGCCAUAUGCAGGUCAUCGACCAAGGCCCCGUAGUGGAGGAUCGAGAAGAAUCAGGCAGAAGGGCUUUUUGUCCAGAAAUAGGCAGCUGGUGUAGAGGGCUGGGUGGUGGAGGAGGAAUGAUGGUGGAGGUGAGGCAGGAAGGAGCCGGCACCUGGAGGCAGCGAAGGAGAGAGAGAGGAUCCCAGGAGGCACAAGUCCCACCAACCAGAGAGUCGGGUGAAGGUCACAAGAAAACUGGCUGCCACUACACCAGCUUUGCCCCCACCUCCCACCUCGCCCAGGGCCACCACCCUUCCUCCUGCUCAUACAACAGUUACUCGGUCACGUCCGAGGUGGUAACAGUUGCUACAGACCCCUACUAUAGCCACCACUGCCUUUCCCACCACGCAGAGGCCCUGGACCCCCUCCCACCUCCACAGGCCUCCUACAACCGCCGAGGUGACCACUGCCAGGAGACCCUCAGUUUCAGAGAAUCUUUACCCUCCAUCCCGGAAGGAUCAGCACAGGGAGAGGCCUGGUUAGCCGGGAGACCCACAGCAAGGCCACCGGCAUGGAGAGCUUCUGGUGCACCCCCUCCCACCACCAUUUCGGAGGCCCAGCACAGAGGCUUGCUGCAUGAAACCGUUUACUAGGGACUCCAACCGCAUGGACAAGGGCGGGGAACAUGGCCAUGUCGAGACUAAUGGGUACUGAGGUCCUCCCAAGCCAACAAAGGAGAAACCUCCCAAAAGGGCCCAGGACAAAAUUCUUAGUAGGUAUGGGGAGAAGUAUGACCUCAGCCGGCCUACUGCCUCUCAGCUGGAGGAGGAGCUGCAGGUGGGGAGAUAUUUCCCCUUAAAAAAGCAAAGGAGUCUAAAAAGCGUAAAAGAAAAGCUUGAAACUAAGGAAGGAGAAGAAAAAAGAUAUAUGAAGAAUGAGAAUGCAGACAAGUUACUUAAGAGUGAAAAGCAAAUGAAGAAGUCAGAGAAAAAGAGCAAGCAAGAGAAGAAAGGCAAGAAGAAAAAAGGAAACAAAGCGGAACAGGAUGGCUAUCAAAAACCCACCAACAAACAUGCCUUGAAGUCCCAAAGUCAGGAGGUGGCUGACCUGCUAGCAGAAAGCAAGGGUCACAGAAUGAGGAUGAAAGACAGAGGAGUAGGUGAAAAAUACCAGCUGAUCACUGCUCCCAAGGCUGAACAAUAUGCUUAUGUGCAACAACGUGAUGAAUAUCUGGAAAGUUUCUGCAAGAUGGCCACCAGGAAAAUCUCUGUGAUCACCAUCUUCGGCCCUGUCAACAACAGCACCAUGAAAAAUCGACACUUUCAGCUAGAUAAUGAGAAGCCCAUGCGAGUAGUGGAUGAUGAAGACUUGGUAGACCAGCAUCUCAUCAGUGAGCUGAGGAAAAGGGGAAUGACCUAUAAUGACUUCUUCAUGGUACUAACAGAUGUGGAUCUGAGAGUCAAAUUUACCAGUCAAUACUAUGAGGUGCCAGCUAACAAUGGCAAGUCUGUGUUUGAUCUGAUCGAUACUUUCCAGUCCCGAAUCAAAGAUAUGGAGAAGCAGAAGAAGGAGGGCAUUGUUUGAGAGGACAAAAAGCAGUCCCUGGAGAACUUCCCUAUCCAGGUUCGGUGGAGGAGGUUGCUGGUGAUCUCUGUCCUACUUGAAGACUGGGCCUAUUCACAGCAGCUCUCUGCCCUCAGUGGUCAGGCAUGCAAUUUUGGUCUGCGCCACAUAACCAUUCUGAAGCUUUUAGGCGUUGGAGAGGAAGUUGGGGGAGUGUUAGAACUGUUCCCAAUUAAUGGGAGCUCCGUUGUUGAGCGAGAAGAUGUACCAGCCCAUUUGGUGAAAGACAUUCGUAACUAUUUUCAAGAGCCGAAUUACUUCUCCAUGCUUCUAGUUGGAAAAGGCGAGGAAAUGUCAAAUCUGAGUAUCUUUACAAUGUGGUCUUACUGGUGAUUAUUAUGCGAUUUAAUUGAUUAGAAUGCAGCCCGGACAGAAAUGGCAAUUCAGCAGUCACUGGGGAUGCGCUGCCCAGAAGAUGAGUAUGCAGGCUCACGGUUACCAGAUUACCACCAAGGAUACCAGGAUGGUUACCAGGAUGACACCGUCAUCAUGAGGUUAUCUCAUGGAUACCCUUACUGA